GUGUUGUGCACGGAGCUGGAAUCCAGCAAGCAGCAGCUGGCAAAGCAAGGUGCAGAGGCACAGGCGGAGUCUUCGUCGCUGCGCGACGAGGUGGGCAGGCUGUUGGAAGAGUGCGCUGCUCUGCGAUCCGAGAUGUCGUCAGAGGUCGCAGAGAGAGAGCAGCGAAGGGCCCAGGCCGAGCCGCAGGCUGAGGACUUGGAGCUGUCGAGCAGCCGCUGCGAGGUGCAGACAGCUGUGAAGCUGGAGGACUAUCUUUGCGUUCCUUGGAGUGUAGAGAGGGUGCAGGUUGCAUGUACAGUCGGGUUCGGACGCUGCCAAAGCGGAGUCGUCUUGGCAUUGGAGCUUGCUGUGGAGCUUUGGUUCUGGCAGUGCCUGUUUUUGAACCUUGCAGACUUGCAGGUCUCCCUGCACCACAAACAUCGAAAGCCUGCCGAGCUCAAGGAGCCCUGUAGUCGGUUCGAGACCUUCCGGCGACUCGAGGAGAAGACUAAAGCAGAGGGACCGGAGAGCGGCAAUGGCUCGGAGCUGUUUCUGCUCAGGCACUAUGUGCAAAUGUCGGCUUUUCCAUGGCAGCCAGUCGCAGUAGCGAUCAACAUUCCCGGAAAAGCUCUGGUAACAGACUUGAGGGGCCCUUCAAUUAAAGAAGGCUUUCAGUGUGCUCUUCUCCGCUUCAACUCCCAGCGGACGGAGCUAAGCUGCUGGGGCCAAAAUGACAAAGGUCAGCUGGGCCAGGGCGACACACUGCCACGUCCGAACCAGCAGGCACCGGUCCUGUUGGGAGCCCAGGUAGUGCAGAUCAGCAGCGGGGCGUACCACAGCUGCGCCCUCCUGCAGACCGGUGAGGUGAAGUGCUGGGGUGCGAACAAUCGUGGCCAGCUUGGCUUGGGCGACUCUGCCAACCGCGGGGACGACCCAAAGGAGAUGGGCGACUUCCUGGCCCCGGUCGGACUGGGACCUUGCAAGGCCCUGGAGGUGCGGCUUGGCCUCGAACACAGCUGCGCCCGGCUCGACGAUGGGCGCGUGAAGUGUUGGGGUGCCAAUGGCCAGGGGCAGGCUCGCACGGGAGGUCCCGCCUCCAUCGGUCUUUGGCCAUGGGAGCUUGGCGAGGCUUUGGUCCCAGAGCCCUUAGGGACUGGGCGGCGAGCGAUUGGCCUCUUGGCAGGUUCCUGGCAUAGCUGUGCCAUCCUUGAUGACCAGACCUCCAAGUGUUGGGGCUCUGGAGCAGAAAGCACCUAG